AGCUUUCCACUCAAAGAGGCUGCAGGUUUGGUCCGUUUUGGGGGGCGGCCCGGGGAGUGGCUGGAGGGGUGGGGACACCGAUGUGGUGUCCCCCGGCCACAUGGACACUGAGUUGGCUCGGUCUGCUCGGCCUCGCCGGUGGUGCAACCGCGCCACUGCCUGGGCACUCUAUACCCAACCCACCUGAUGUCCAUCACCUAGCGAAGCUUUGGCAGCUUACAGGUACGGCCAUGCCGGCUCACAAUAGCGUGAUCCUUACCCCUGGCGUGGCUGACCGCGUGGGCACCAUCUUUAGCCGGAUGCCACUGAAGACCAACGAUUUUGAAGCUUCCUUCACGUUGGUGGCCAGAGCCGGUGUGCCAGGCUUCCAGGGCGAUGGCUUCGCCUUUUGGUAUUGCGAGGAGAAUGCCAGCGAUCUUUUGGCCUCGGCCAGUAGCAAGCAUAGUCAUAACCAGUUUGAGCUGGUUGCUGGAACCUGGUACCAGCACUAUGCGAUGCUGGAUCUCUCCGAGUUUGGCUACAAAACUCACUACAAGGGCCUGGGCGUCUUCUUCGUCAAAGACGAUCAGGGCCAACCAGUGGUGCAGGUGAAAUACGGAGAUGGCACCAGUUCUGUGGGUCACCAGACGCCCAUGGAGCUGCGAGAUGGCUACGACCACCAGGUGAAGGUCCGGGUGACACCGGACACCGUCACCGUGAGCAUCUUCAGCAAAGGAGAGGCCAAAGGAACCGUCUCAUCUCCCAUGAGCUUGAAGCCCGGUGGGUACCUGGGAUUUUCCAGCUUUGGAGGCACCAAGGACGCCUACAAUCCAAAGGAGCGCAGCACCUUUGUUGAGAUCAAAGGGUUUGAGGUGCUGAAUUAUGCCAGCGGCCCCGGGGAAGAUGAAGUGCUGGUGGCUCCGCCUAUUGGCGCCGCUCAGGAGAAGGAGGAUGCUCUGGGAGCCCACUCAAGCUUCAAGGAGCACCGAGAUGAGUCCGAGGCCAUCAAAGAGUUGACCAACAUGAUCUUCAAGCUGGUCAUCGAGUCCAAGCCCCAGCGGGAGCAGAUGAAGGCAGCCAUCACCGCCCUCAGCAAGCGCAUCGCUGCGGUGGAAGAGACCUUCCGAACGCUGAAGAAGGAGCUCGACAAGAAGACCGGCCACGACUUGGGCGCCGAGUUCGAUGCCAUCAAGAAAGAGUUGGCGGACAUGCACGCCACCGCACAUCGGGAUACAGAUGCCAGAGGGAAGAAGCUGGCAGACCUGCAUUCCGACAUCGAGCACGUGCACAAAACGGCCUCGAGCGCGGGUGGUGACAUUAGUGGCGACCUGGAUAGCCUUAGCAGAUCCAAUGAGCAGGUCUUGGACCAGCUCUCGAAUCAGCACAAGAGGAUGUUUGGAGUCUCCAUUUUCGCCAUCGCGUUCAUCAUUAUCGCCGGCCUGUCUCUCUACAACAAGUUCAGAUGUUGGGAGAAGAAACAUGUGCUUUGAGCGAAGAAACCGAAACCUUCCAGAGCUUUGGGAUGCCAAGUCUUUGGCGCUCCGGAUCUCAAGAGUCCCAUCGCAACUUCUGGGAGAAGACCA